UCUUUUGUGAUUCAUAUACCCCCCCACUUCGGGUCCAAUCCAAUCAUUUCUCUCAAACUGUUCUCGUUCUCGCCGUCCGAUUGUCCCGAUUCCUUCAAUCUUAACCGUCAAUUAGCCCCCUCCCCCGAUGUGCUCGGCUUCACCUUUUGCAUCAGUAACUCGCUGCUCCCUUCCCCUGCUAUUGGUCGGGACUGCGAUUCAUCCCCGAUCCGAUUGGCUCGUCUUCGGUGCAAAACUCGCUGCUUGAUAUUCCUCGACUUCAUUGUUCAUUGAGCAGUGAGCACCUCUCUUCUCUGUCCUGUUUCCUGCCAGAACCCUUAUGCGCCUUCCACGUAUAUCGAAUUUGCGGCGCUGUGGUUGGUGUGCUGGCCCUAGUUGAAAGUGCGAUGGUCCGGCUUUGUUGCUUUUCGAUGUAGUGAACUAUCUGCGUCUUUUCUGAUUUCUACGUGAUCUUUCGUUUUAGUUGUUUCCUAGAGCUACUUUUCGCAGUGGGAUUUUGAAGCUUCAGAACCGAUCUUCAUCGUCAGGUUUAGAUCUUUGAAUAGUUUCUUUAAGUUCAAUCGUGAAAUCCACUUUCUUCUUCUGUGGGGGUGAAAUUUUUGGCCUUUCGAGGCAUUUUCUUCAUUCUUUUGUACAAUUACAAUUCUUUCUAUGGAUAAGGAGGAUCGAAACGGGAGCAGAAUGUGUGCUCGGUUGUCCGAUGUAGUUCUCGACUGUGUUAUGCCUUAUAUUCACGACCCCAAAGACCGGGAUGCGGUUUCUCAAGUUUGCCGGCGAUGGUACGAGCUUGAUUCGUUGACGCGGAAGCACGUCACAAUUGCUCUGUGCUACACGACAACCCCGGACCGGCUCCGGCGAAGAUUUCCGCACCUGGAGUCUCUGAAGCUGAAAGGGAAGCCGAGAGCGGCGAUGUUCAAUUUGAUACCGGAGGACUGGGGAGGCUACGUGACGCCUUGGGUGAGGGAGAUUGCUGAAUAUUUCGAUUGCUUGAAGUCGCUCCACUUUCGGCGCAUGAUUGUGAAGGACUCGGAUCUUGAGCUUCUCGCUCGAUCUCGGGGACACGUCCUGCAAGCUCUCAAACUCGACAAAUGCUCUGGGUUUUCCACGGAUGGCCUUUACCAUAUUGGCCGGUCUUGCAGGGCUUUAAAAAUUUUGUUUUUGGAGGAGAGCACAAUUGUUGAGAAAGAUGGCGAAUGGCUGCAUCAGCUUGCCACGAAUAAUACAGUUCUCGAGGCUCUAAAUUUUUACUUGACAGAUAUUGCCAAUGUCAAGAUUCAAGACCUUGAACUUAUAGCUAAAAAUUGCCCGAAUUUAGUCUCUGUGAAAAUUACUGACUGUGAGAUCUUGGAUCUCAUAAACUUCUUUCGACACGCAACUGCUCUAGAGGAAUUUUGCGGAGGUUCUUACAAUGAACAACCGCACAAGUACUCCAUUGUAUCAUUACCUGCGAAUUUAAAUCGACUGGGGUUAACCUAUAUUGGAAAGAAUGAAAUGCCGAUUGUUUUCCCUUUUGCAUCUCUGCUCAAAAAGUUGGAUCUCCUCUAUGCGAUGCUGGAUACCGAAGACCAUUGUAUGCUAAUCCGAAGGUGCCCAAACUUGGAAAUCCUUGAGUCAAGGAAUGUAAUCGGAGAUAGAGGGUUAGAAGUUCUUGCUCAAUAUUGCAAGAAGUUAAAAAGGCUGAGAAUUGAACGAGGCGAUGAUGAUCAAGGAAUGGAGGAUGAAGAAGGGGUUGUUUCGCAGAGAGGAUUAAUUGCUCUGUCGCAGGGCUGUCCAGAACUAGAAUAUUUGGCUGUUUAUGUAUCAGAUAUCACAAAUGCAGCUCUGGAGCAAAUUGGGACUCACUUGAAAAACCUGUGCGAUUUCCGGCUUGUGCUGUUGGACCGGGAAGAGAGAAUAACGGACUUGCCACUGGACAACGGAGUGAGGGCGUUGCUGAUGGGAUGUGACAAGCUGAGGAGAUUUGCGCUGUAUUUGAGACCUGGGGGUUUGACGGAUGCGGGGCUGGGUUACAUCGGGCAAUACAGCCAAAAUGUGAGAUGGAUGCUGCUGGGAUAUGUGGGCGAGUCGGAUGCGGGGCUGCUGCAGUUCUCGAGGGGGUGCCCCAGCCUUCAGAAACUGGAAAUGAGGGGCUGCGCCUUCUUCAGUGAGUACGCUCUGGCCGUUGCUGCCACGCGACUGACUUCCCUCAGGUAUCUAUGGGUGCAAGGCUAUGGAGGAUCUGCGUCGGGGCGAGAUCUUUUAGCCAUGGCUCGCCCAUUUUGGAAUAUUGAGUUGAUUCCUUCCAGGCGAGUUGGUGUUCACAAUCAUGCUGGAGAGCUUGUGUCGGUGGAGCAUCCUGCUCAUAUUCUUGCCUAUUACUCUCUUGCCGGACAGAGAUCUGAUUUUCCAGAUACUGUUAUACCUUUGGAUCCUGCCGCAUUCGUUGACGCCUAGAGUUAGUUGUAUAUAUACCACAUUUGUCUGUAACUCGCUUCCGUUUCUCUUCUUUUUAACUUCUUUCUGAAGGGAGAUAGGGUCCUGCUUUCCCUUUUUUCCUCUGCAAUUCCUAGACAUUGUUAUUAGUAGUGUCUUGUAAUAAGCUUGUUUUGUAGUCCAGAAACGCUUCUCCGGACCCCUGCACUUGGUUCCCUUUUCCGGCGAGAUCCUCAAUUUUGUGAAUAAAAAAAAAAUGUAAGGAGUGUUUUCUCUA